AUGGCCAAGAAGGCCACCAGCAUCGUGGCUUGGAUCACCAAGAGUGUGGCCAUGCCGGUACCGCUGUGGCGGGGGGACAAACCGGGGGCGAAUUCCCUGCCGCUGCCGUGCCCUCAGGCCCUGCCCGCCCCUUCGCUAAGGCGCCCGGGGCUCUGCGAGCGGCAGGCUGCCGGCAAACGCUGCCGCUCCCUUCCCGGGGAGGUCUCGGCGGGCGGAACGCUGGGCGGGGGCUGCGGGGCGCGGGGAGCCGAGCGGGGCGCACCGGGGCGCGGGCCCGAGGGGGCCGCUCUGAGCGGCGGACGCGGCGGCGGUGCGGGCCGGGCCGGCAGGAUGAGCGCGGCCCUGGCGCAGGUGCUGUGCCUGAGGAAGGAGGUGUUGCUGAAGCAGCUGCUUGCCCUGAGCAGAACAGCAGCUCCCAGAGAAGGUCCCUUGUGUGCUGCAGGUGCUGCACCCCUGAGCUGCCCCAGGCACUACAGAUCCCAUCCUACUCAUGGCAUUGGGAGGUAUAAAUACCUCCUCCCAAAGGAGGCCCCAAAGAAGAAGAGAGUGCAGAUGAGAGAGAUCAACCCUGGGACAGAGCAUGAGUAUGGAGACCUCAACAUCCAGCUGACCUCCCACGACCUGUGCCAGGUGGAGCUCUUUGCGCAGUACCUGCACAGGCUCUGCAACCGCCUCCGCCUCAGGGUCACCGAGAGCUAUGCCAUGCCCACCAAAACCGAGGAAGUGCAGUUCUUGGAGGAGAGAGGAUCCAAAAUGAGGCUGGAUGCUGUCCUCACCACUCACCAGAGGGUUGUCCAGGUGACUGGUUUGAGCUCAACCUUUGCUCCCAUACUCUUGGAUGUUAUUCAGAGCAGUCAGCCUGAGGGGGUCCACCUCUUGGUGAAAGAGCACACAGAAGCUGACUUCAAGAGCAGACUCAAGUCCAGACCAGAGCUUGAAGAGCUGCUGGCCCAGAUGAACUGAGGUGAAGAAGGCUCCAAGCAUGUCAGAGGCUUCUCCUCCUCCUCCUCUGUGGCUGCUGGAGCCUCCAGAAGGUGACUUUGGGAGAGCUCUUGUGGAUCAUUUGGGGAAGUGGAAGAAGUUUCCACUCUUGCUCUUAAUAAAGACAAAUCAGUGUUGGGA